ACGGAGUCGAGUAGAGAACAGCCGUCACAGCUACUGGAGCUUCUCAGGGACUAUCAACAGCGAGCGCAACCCGACGACGGAGCUUAGAGCUGGGGGUAUGAGAGCUGCCAGAAUCCGUUCCCAUCCACCUCUGGACGUCUUCCUGUCCGACUGACAACCAUCGGAUCAGAACCUCCACUUAACCAGCUGUUGGAGGAACCUGAUAUCUGUAACUGCUUGCAACCAUGGAGCUGAGAGUGGGGAACAAAUACCGGCUGGGGCGAAAGAUAGGGAGUGGCUCCUUUGGAGAUAUUUAUCUUGGUGCCAACAUUGCCACUGGUGAAGAGGUUGCCAUCAAGCUGGAAUGUGUGAAGACCAAACACCCACAGCUGCACAUUGAAAGCAAGUUCUACAAAAUGAUGCAAGGUGGAGUUGGUAUUCCAUCAAUAAAGUGGUGCGGGGCAGAGGGAGACUACAAUGUCAUGGUCAUGGAGCUGCUUGGUCCCAGUCUAGAGGACCUUUUCAACUUCUGCUCCCGGAAGUUCAGCCUAAAGACCGUACUACUCUUGGCUGACCAGAUGAUUAGUCGCAUUGAGUACAUCCACUCCAAGAAUUUCAUUCACCGAGAUGUGAAGCCAGAUAACUUCUUAAUGGGGCUCGGUAAGAAGGGCAACCUUGUGUACAUCAUCGACUUUGGUCUGGCUAAGAAAUACCGAGAUGCCCGGACACACCAGCACAUCCCUUACAGGGAGAACAAGAACCUGACUGGAACGGCACGCUAUGCCUCCAUCAACACACAUCUUGGAAUUGAGCAGUCGAGGCGUGAUGACCUGGAGUCUCUUGGUUAUGUUCUCAUGUACUUCAACCUGGGGUCCCUCCCCUGGCAGGGCCUCAAGGCUGCAACCAAAAGACAGAAGUAUGAACGAAUCAGUGAGAAGAAAAUGUCCACACCCAUUGAAGUGCUUUGCAAAGGCUAUCCUUCUGAGUUUUCCACAUACCUGAAUUUUUGUCGCUCGCUUCGUUUCGAUGACAAACCAGACUACUCCUACUUACGGCAACUUUUCAGGAAUCUGUUCCACCGACAAGGUUUCUCCUAUGAUUACGUCUUUGACUGGAACAUGCUGAAAUUUGGUGCCAGUCGGACAGCUGAGGAUGGGGAUCGUGAGAGGAGAACAGGAGAUGAGCGGGAUGAACGGAUAGGAGGAGCCCCCAGGGGGUCUGCAUCAAGGGGCCUCCCUUCAGGUCCCACCCCUGGAGUUCCCAACAGAGUCAGGAAUGGGCCAGAGCAAGCCAUCUCUAACCCAGCCUCGCGGGUCCAGCAGUCUGGUAACACAUCACCUCGUGCAAUUUCCCGUGCAGAGCGGGAGAGGAAAGUGAGCAUGCGUUUACACCGUGGGGCUCCUGCCAACGUGUCAUCCUCUGACCUCACAGCGCGUCAAGAUCAGUCGAGGAUUUCUACAUCACAGGUCAGCGUACCAUUUGAGCACGUGGGGAAGUGAACCUCCUCGGCUCUGCAUGAACAUGAAUUUAACAGGGCUGCAAGGAAUAUUCUCUGCUAUACUUUUUUCUUUCCCCCCCAUUUUUUUUACCUUCCGAUUGUUAAUGGACAUAACGGUUUUUGGAACAAGACAAUAAAUCUUUUCAAAGGUUCAGGAAAAUACACAAGUAUCCAACAUGCAUUCUUACCUGGAUCGUCUUCGCCUGACCUCGGAUCAGCACCACCGCAGAACAUAAAGCAAACGACAAUGCUGCACCUUGACAGUUGCUCAUUCCUGCCCUGCUUUUCCUGAAAACAUUCCCUCAAUACUUUAACAAAAAUGACAGACUGUUGGCAUAAAGGAGGAAAAAAAAGGUUUCAGGGACACGCAUGUUUUAUCUAAAGUUGAUACAGACUUGGUAAUAUGUUUGUUUUUAAACCACAAGUCACUUUUCCAUAAAGGUCUUUUUUUUUCUUCACACAAAGACCUGUUAUAUCAGAGUUUGUGUUUUUUCUUUUUUUUUUUUGUGAUACCAGCUAAAUGGAAAAUGAACAUCUGUAGAUGAAGUACAUAUAGAUGAGAGGAUGA